CCAGGCGCGUCGUCCGGCCGGCUCCAGCGGACGAGAAUGCAUCGCCCCAUGGCCUCGCUGUAAUCCGAACGAAGCCCCAGUAGUGUGUAUCUUACCGGCAAUCCGUCACCAUCGGCGCCUUGAUCAUGGACCUCCGGUCCAGAGGCUUUUUUUGGAGGCAUUGGAGUUGUCAAUACUAAUCUUUAAGUGUUAUAUUAAUACAUUUUGUGCCCUGUCACUUUUGCACGCUCCGGGGAUUUAAAGCCCAAGUGACAGCAAUAGCACUCACCUAGCUAGCUAGCUAAGUCAAUAAGGGCACCAAUUUUUAUUUGGAAGAGAAGACAAGAAACUACACUACAAUCUAAGGAAACGGACGAUAGACUUUAAAAUAUAUAUUUUCCAUUGCUGAUUCCAGUCUUCCCUUCGAGCCCUCACAGACACUAUUUAUACCCGAUCAAGUCAGCGCCACCCUGAUGCAGGACCACAGAACCACGUGAAAUGAACAAACCACCACAGCCUAUAACGGGACCCACCUCUGUCCCACACCCCUCUCCCUCUCCUGGACUGACACAGGGUGCCUAUGCCACUGGACAGCCCCCUCCUCUUGUCUUCACCAACCCACCAAAUCAACAAAUGAACUCUGCACCGCAACCGCGUCAGUUUGCCACAGUGCCCCGUGCUUUACACCAACAGUUUGCUGCAGGGCCCUGUGCUUUACACCAACAGGGCGGAUACAGGGCACUUCAGCCUUACUAUGCCAACAGGCCCGCCAUGAACACCAGUGCCCCCAGGGUCCAGACCAGCAGUGGUCCUCGUCCGGUGGGUCCCGCCCAUGUCUACCAGACAGGCUCCCAGAUGAUGAUGAUCCCUGGACAGCAGCUGUCCUUUACUAGCUCCCCUCAGAGCUAUUUCAUCCCCCCUGGACAGUACCGGCCACCCUAUAUGCCAGCCAGUCCACAGUACCCUGUGAGCACAGGUACGGCAGGAUUCUACCCAGGAACCAGCCCCGCUGAAUACCCAGCUUAUGCAGGUGCCUACUACCCUGCCCAGCCCCAGUACAGCCACACCCCCCCAGUUCAGACAGCACCGGUCAUGAUAAGCCCGGCCCAGCCCCAGCAGCAGGCACUGGCACCUCAGCUGCCACAGGCUCAACCUCCGGCCCCCAAGAGGGAACGUGUCGCGAUCAGAAUACGUGAUCCUAACCAAGGGGGCCGUGAUAUCACAGAGGAGAUCAUGUCUGGGGGAAGGUCCACCUCCACGCCGACCCCUCCAUCCCAGUCCUCCAUGACAGAGGGAGACGGUCCUGCCCAAACCAACGGAGAAGUUACAAAGCCCGUCACUAUGCUGAUGAGAACAGAGGAAAGCCCCGAAUACACGGUUUCCUCCUUGAUGGGGACAACCCCACCUGUGCCGGCCACCUCGGAGCCUGCCGCCGUCCCAGCAGAGGUCACGCUGGAAAUGGAAGGCAAUGCCGCCCCACCUAAUGAGCAGGUUGUUAGACAAUCGACUGCCGCGCCGGUAGGGGCUGAGGUGCCAAUCUUAUCAGGGGAGGACCAGGCCCCUCCUUCCUCACCCUCUCCACCGGCAGCUCCUACCUCUCAUCCCCCCUCCGAGGUACAGACUCUUCCACAGGUUGUUGCUAUUGCUCCGAUAAGCGAAGAGGUUGAUGUGGGCGUGGCCACCGCUGUGGCCUCUGAAGCUCCUCCCAAACCGGAAAAGCCCCUUGCGACCCCAGCAGCAGUUGAGAAGACUCCAGCGCCGGCAGUGCAGAAAGUGAAGGAGGCAGACAAGAAAAAAGUAGCGCCGGAGGAGAUGCUGGAAAAGGCCGAGAAGCUUUCUACCCCUGUUGUGCAGAAAGUGAAGGAGUCAGACCAGAAAAAGGUGGUGGAGGAGAAGAUUGAGAAAUCUGAGAAGGAGCCUGUGCUUACUACCCCAGCCGAAAUAGCGGUGCCUGUGGUUGCAGCAGUUCUUACCGAGGACCCUAAACCCACUCCACGUCCUGUGACCCUGGUUGCCAAGGCAACGGUUGUUGACUCCCCCCUGGCCGUGAAGCAUGUGGUGGAUGUGGAAGCUCCCACUAACAUGGCGAGCGUGACAGAUCCGCUGUUGUCUAAGAAGGAAACCACGCCUCCUCCUACCGUGACAGAGCCUGCCCCCGUCGCUUCUACCUCUGUCCCGGUGGCAGAGCCCACCGUGCCCCCCAAAACCGAGGAGAAGCUGUCCAACGGCCUCCCCCAGGAGUGCCCCGACGAACUAGAUGCCCCUGCACCAGAAUGCGCAGCAACACCCGUCACAGAGUCUGUUGCUCCCCGACCUCAGGUAACCGCUGCCACUGCCGCUGAGGUGGAGGGGAUGGAGGAGGAGAAAGAGAUUGAUGUUUCUUCAGCUCCCUCAGCCAUCAGCCUUUCAGAGGACACAUCCAUACAAGCUGCUGUGUCUGUGCCAAAGAAGAAGAGGAACAUGAAGGAGCUGAACAAGAAGGAGGCCAUCGGAGACAUGCUAGAUGCCUUCAAAGAGGAGAAAGAGGCAUUGCCUCCGGCCCCUGAGCUCUUGUCUGCUCCGGCAGAGCCCAGUCCUGUUACCCUUCCUCCUGCCGACGCUCCAGACGAGACGUGGGAGGAGAAGGAGGACAAACAAAACGCAGACGUGCCCCCGCCCAAACCGGGUGACCUCAAAUACCAAUACAAAGGAGAGCAAUGGAAGCCCAUCGAUCCAGAAGAGAAGAAACGAUACGACAGGGAAUUCCUGCUGGGCUUCCAGUUUAUCAGUGCCAGCCUGAACAAACCUGAGGGUCUACCUCUCAUUAGUGACGUGGUGCUGGAUAAGGCCAACAAGACCCCAAUGCGCCCAGCAGAGCCUGGCCGCAACAUGAUGAACGCUGGGCCAGACUUCACCCCCGCUUUCAUGGGUAACCUGGACCGACAGUCCGGUGGGGGAGGCGGAGGAGGGCCACGGGGCCCUGGAAGGGACCACAUGGGGCCCCCAGGUCCGCGGCGCUCACAGCAAGGCCAGCGCAAGGAGCCCCGCAAGAUCAUCAACAUCUCCUCGUCGCUCGGUGGCGACGUGCAGCUCAACAAGGCUGAAAAGGCAUGGAAGCCGGGCGUGAAGAAGGCGGUGGCCCGGGGCCGUGAGGGGGAUGAUGAGAGCGACGACCCUGAGAUCGUCAAGACCCAGGAGCUGUUCAGGAGAGUCCGCUCCAUCCUCAACAAGCUGACCCCCCAGAUGUUCCAGCAGCUGAUGAAGCAGGUUACUGAGCUGACCAUCGACACGGAAGAGAGGCUGAAGGGGGUCAUCGACCUGAUCUUUGAGAAGGCCAUCUCCGAGCCCAACUUCUCGGUGGCCUACGCCAACAUGUGCCGUUGCCUCACAGCGUUGAAAGUGCCCACCACAGACAAGCCAGGUGUGACAGUGAACUUCCGCAAGCUGCUGCUUAACCGCUGUCAGAAGGAGUUUGAGAAGGACCAGGAUGAUGACGUGAUCUUUGAGGCCAAACAGAAGGAGAUGGAGGCCGCCAAAGAGGAGGAGAAAGCAGGUCUGAAGGCAGACCUAGAGGAGGCCAGGGACAAAGCUCGCCGGCGAUCGCUCGGCAACAUCAAGUUCAUUGGCGAGCUGUUCAAAUUGAAGAUGCUGACCGAGGCCAUUAUGCACGACUGCAUCGUCAAGCUGCUGAAAAACCACGACGAGGAGUCGCUAGAGUGCCUCUGCAGACUGCUGUCCACCAUCGGCAAGGACCUGGACUUUGAGAAGGCCAAGCCCCGUAUGGACCAGUACUUUGCCCAGAUGGACAAGAUUAUCAAGGAGAAGAAAACCUCGUCCAGGAUCCGCUUUAUGCUGCAGGAUGUCAUCGACCUCAGACGGAGUGGCUGGGUACCCCGGCGAGGAGAGCAGGGCCCCAAGACUAUUGACCAGAUCCACAAGGAGGCCGAGCUGGAGGAGCAAAUGCAGCAGAUCAAGGUCCAACAGCAACUCUUGUCAAGGAACGAUGGAGGAGGAGCCGGCGGUGGGGGAGGAGGGCGAGGAGGCGGAAGAGAAGGCAGGGGGGGGGACCGAGACAGAGGGGGAAGGGAUCAAGGGGGCCGCGGGAGCCAGCACGGUGGUCAGGGAACCAGGGGAAGCCAGCCCCAGGACGAGGGUUGGAACACGGUGCCAAUUACCACCAAGAACAGGCCCAUCGACACCAGCCGCCUCAGCAAGAUCACCAAGCCUAAUGCUUUGGACUUCAACAACCAGCUGCUGGCGCCUCAGCUCGGGGGUAAGGGCAUGUGGGGCAGCUGGGGGAAGGGCAGCAGCGGAGGAACGGGGGCCAAGCCUUCUACAGGAGCUGAACCAGCUGAAACUCUCCGUCCGGCCACCAGCACCCUGAAUCGUUUCUCUGCUCUGCAGCAGUCUGCUCAGCCAACAUCCUCCUCAGACGUUGACCGCAGGGUACCCCAGAGGUCCAGUUCCAGUCGCGAUCGUGCCGGAGACCGGGACAGGUAUGACCGCUUUGAGCGACGCGAUAGCAGUCGAGACGAGCGUCCUGGCAGCCGGGAUACCCGGCCACCGAUCACCAAGCGCAGCUUCAGCCGUGAGACAGAGGAACGCAGGAGCGACAGUCGAACCCCUACGGAACCCCAUGUCCGGCGUGUAGCCAGCAUGACUGACGACCGUGGCAGCCGUGACCGGGCCCCUAGCAAGGACGCUGUUGUUAAGCGAGAGACCGCCCCCACCCCUCCCCCUGCUGCUCUGGCCAAGCCAGUUAUGACUGAGGAUGAGCUGGAUAAGAAGUCCAGUGCCAUCAUUGAGGAGUACCUCCAUCUCAACGACAUGAAGGAGGCGCUGCAGUGUGUAGUGGAGCUACACAGUGCCCCACUUCUCUUUGUGUUUGUGCGGAACGGUCUGGAAAACACCCUGGAGCGCAGCGCCAUUAGCAGAGAACGCAUGGGCAUGCUCCUGCACCAGCUCAUCAAGACUGGCACCCUGCCAACCACAGGAUACUACAAAGGGCUCCAAGAGAUCCUAGAGGUGGCUGAGGACAUGGCCAUAGACAUCCCCCACAUCUGGCAGUACUUGGCUGAGCUCAUCGUCCCCAUGCUCCAUGAGGGAGGCAUCCCCAUGGGACAGCUUUUCAGGGAGAUCACCAAGCCCCUAAUUCCCCUGGGCAAGGCCGGUGUGCUGCUGGUUCAAAUCCUCAACUUACUCUGCAAAGGAAUGACCCAUAAGAAAGUGGGCAGCCUGUGGAGGGAGGCGGGCCUCAACUGGAGAGACUUCUUGCCCGAGGACGAAGACAUCAACAAGUUUGUGACUGAACAGAAAAUUGAGUUUACUCUAGGUGAGGAGUCAGAGCAGACCAAUCAGAAGAAGCCCAUGAGUGGGGAUGAGCUGAGCGAACAGCUGGACAGACUGAUCCAGGACAAAGCUGACAACCAGCGCAUCCAGGACUGGGUUGAGGCAAAUUUGGAUGAUCAGCAGGUGAUCAGCAACCAGUUUGUGCGUGCUCUGAUGACGUCAGUUUGCCAGUCGGCCAUCAUAUGUGAGAGCCCAUACCGGGUAGAUGGGUCGCAGAUUACCCAGAGGGCCAAGCUACUGCAGCGGUACCUCAGUGAUGAGCAGAAGGAGUUGCAGGCCCUUUACGCCCUCCAGGCCCUCAUGGUUCACAUGGAGCAACCAGCCAAUCUGUUGCGGUCAUUUUUUGACACGCUGUACGACGAAGAUGUGAUCAAAGAGGAAGCCUUCUACAAGUGGGAGUCCAGUAAAGACCCUGCCGAGCAGACGGGCAAGGGCGUGGCCCUUAAGUCAGUCACCGCCUUCUUCACCUGGCUCCGUGAGGCAGAGGAGGAAUCCGACAAGGAAUAAACAGCCUCAUCUAUAAACCAGCAACGCCAUUUAUGGCCAGGGAGGGGUUUUGCAAGGGUUUGGGGGGGGUGGGCGGAGAGGAUUGGACUCUAUGGCCCAUGUGGCGGACUGAUACCAGUUACGAGACUACUGAGAGAGGGACUCCUCCUGACAUACAAUCAAUUUCACUCUCUCUUCUCUAUCCCUCUCGCUUCCUCAUUCUCUUUCCUCUUGUGAUGGCAAGUGUCCGCCAAAAAUGAAAAUAAACCUGAAAAAUGAUUUCGCCGGAUUUUGCUUGUGUAAAGGCGUGGAAUAACUACUGCGGUCAUUGCGUUCUAAAACCCUUCUGACUUCUCCAGAAAAAAAAACAAUAAACCAACACGCUGCUUUUUUUAUGGUUCUAGACGAAAUUAUAUUAUGCAACAUACUAUAUGACACGCAAAUGCAUAGAGACAAUGGAAAAGGUGUCAUGUAGCAUGUUUUCCCCCCCAGGAAUGGGGUAUCAUGCCACGCGUGUAUGACGUCCGAUCGAACACAGCUCUAAAGUCUACAAUUUCUUGUUAUUUUGAGUGUGCAGCAUGGUUGAAGUGUGUUUCUAUUAAGGAUGAUAAUGAGUGGGGGAGCGAAGGAGCACCAGGCCAGAGGUAUGAUUGCUGAUCAGCUGACUCCCAAGUGUAUGCCGCCGACUGUAUGGAGAUGCUGAAAAGAGUUUGAGCAAAAGGGUAUUUUCCUUUCUGUCACUACCACAGUACUGGGACCUGUGUGAGGACAAACAAA